AUGUGCGGCCGGGUGGAUCCACGGCGAGUCCUCCCAAUCUCACUCCCGCUCUUUCCCCUUGGUUCUCUCGUAUCGCACGGCUCUUUCCUCGCCUCCUCUCAUCGCCUCUCCUCUCCUUCCCUCCGCCACUGCCAGUUCCUCUGCCGCGCCAUGCGCCUGCGCCACUCCCCGCACGCCCCUCGUGCAGCAUCAUUGAGUCGAACCAGAAGUCACCCCCUUCUCUCCCCUAUCUCCUCUCAUUCCCUCCCUCAUUUCCGCCUCCUUCACUCCCUCAUCCCCUCUCCUUCUCUCCCUGAUCCCCUCUCCUUCUCUCCCUCAUCCCCUCUCUUCCGCUCCCUCAUCCCCUCACCUUCUCUCCUUCUCCUCCUCUCCCCCAUCAGGUCAUCCGUCACGCCGCUCGGGGCCGCAGGCUCGGCCCGAAGCAAGGACGGUUUGGUGGGGGGUGGGAAGAGGUGGGGCAGCGGGGGAGGACACGUGUUGGCGUGGUAUUGGCUGGUAGCGUCACUAGCGUACGUGGUGUACCUGCACGAGGCGAGUACAGUCUUCCUCCUUGCCUUCGCUGUAGCGAAUUACGUUCUAGUGAAGCAGCUGGGGUCCUGGUGCGCAAGCAGAGGUAGCAGCAGCAGCAGCAAGCAGGGCGCCGGCACAAGCAACAAAUGGGACUGGCUGUUCCCAACCGCCCUGUGGGCAUGGCAGUGCGGCUCCUACAUUCUCAUCCGCUCAUACGACGGCUUUAGAUUCGCCCACAUUCCCUUCCUGGGCGGCAGUCUGGCAUUCCUGGACGCGCACAGGGGCGUGUUCCGGUGGGAGAUCUGCUACAACCUGCUGCUGCUGCGCAUGAUCAGCUUCGGGCUCGAUUACUACUGGGCUGCCCGGGAUGCAGCAGCAGGCACAGCAGCAGCAGGAGAAGCAACAGGAGUGAAGGGAGAGCCGCUGCUGGGUUCCAAGCUCACAGGGGUUGUCAGUGCCAGCAGCGUGGGAAGCAGCUUCCUGGAAGCUCACCGAGCCAAGUGCUUGCAGUGCAGGCAGGGCCAGGCGUGCUACACGGCGAGGCAGGGGGAGAGCCUCCCUCUGUCCGCAUAUUCCCUCCCCGCCUACCUCGCUUACCUCCUCUUCGCCCCACUCUACAUCUCCGGCCCCAUCGCUUCUUUCAAUGCCUUCACCUCGCAGCUCGACACCCCGCAAAAGACAAUGUCCGCCGCCCGCGUCGCCAUGUACGCCGUCCGGCUGGCGGCGUCGUUUCUCCUCAUGGAGCUCAUGAUGCACUUCUGCUACUUCCAGGCACUUGCCAAGUCCGCCGGACCCUGGUUCUCGGAAGCUUCCCACAGCACCGGGGGUAACGACCUGGGGAGUGCCCUGUGGGGUCAAGAGGCCCCGGGGAAUCUCGCUCUGGGGAUGAGCAUAGUGAGCUAUGGCGUUCUCAACUUCAUGUGGCUUAAAUUCUUCCUCAUCUGGCGCUUCUUCCGCCUCUGGGCGCUCGUGGCUGGCGUGGAAACCCCCGAGAACCUUCCGCGGUGCAUCAACAAUAAUUAUGACAUUGAGGGGUUCUGGCGCGGGUGGCAUGCGUCGUACAACAAGUGGAUCGUGCGGUACCUGUACAUUCCGCUGGGCGGCGGGAAGCGGAAGCUACUGAACGUGUGGAUCGUGUUCACGUUCGUGGCGCUGUGGCAUGACCUGGAGUGGAAGCUGCUGUGGUGGGCGUGGCUCACGUCGCUGCUGCUCGCACCGGAGUUGAUUGUCAAGGCCAUUGGCAACCUCAAGGCCUUGCAGGGCUUCCGCAAGUCGUGGAUGUACCGGGAGUGCUGUGCAAUAGCCGGCUCUAUCAAUGUUCUCGGGCUCAUGACGGCCAACCUGGUGGGCUUUGUGGUGGGGCUGGACGGCGUGCGUGGCUUCCUCUCCAGCUUCCUCUCCGACUCCUUCCUUGUACUCGUUACAGUCUUCUCCAUGUACGUUGGAGUGAAGCUUAUGCUGGAGAUUCGUGAGGGCGAGGUGCGGGCGAAGGUGAAGCAGAGUGUGUUGGGGGUGGAAGGGGCAGGAGGAGUUGGGGUGAAGGUGGAGCAGGGGUUGCCGGGUGGGGUGGAUGACAAGCACGGGCAUCAGAUGUGA